AGAGGAAGGAGGGAGGCGGCUCUUCAAUGCGUGCCUUUCUCCAGGGAGGGGUUAUGGUGCUGCUGGGCUGCGCCUGUGGUUCUUAAAAAGCCGCCCGUCCCCUCUCUAGCCAUGGCUCUGAGGGAGCUCAAAGUUUGCCUGCUCGGGGACACUGGUGUCGGCAAAUCAAGCAUUGUAUGGCGCUUUGUAGAAGACAGCUUUGAUCCCAACAUCAAUCCAACAAUUGGGGCAUCUUUUAUGACCAAGACUGUGCAGUAUCAGAACGAAUUACAUAAAUUCCUAAUAUGGGAUACGGCAGGACAAGAACGAUUCCGUGCUCUGGCACCAAUGUACUACCGAGGGUCUGCAGCGGCGAUUAUAGUUUAUGACAUCACAAAAGAGGAGACAUUUUCAACGCUGAAGAACUGGGUGAAAGAACUUCGGCAGCAUGGUCCUCCCAAUAUUGUUGUAGCUAUCGCUGGAAAUAAGUGCGAUCUUAAUGAUGCAAGAGAAGUCAUGGAAAAAGAUGCUAAAGACUAUGCAGAUUCCAUCCAUGCAGUAUUUGUAGAGACCAGUGCGAAAAAUGCAAUAAACAUAAAUGAGCUCUUUAUAGAAAUUAGUCGUAGAAUUCCAUCUACAGAUACCAACCCCUCAACUAGCGGUAAGGGCUUCAAACUUAGAAGACAGCCGUCAGCGACAAAACGAAGCUGCUGUUGACUGAUAACGCAGUACAUCAGACUAGCUUUUAUAACAUACUUUGGCCUUGGAAUCUAAAGGUUUAUUUGGGGUAUAUUGUAUCAGUAGAUCGCUGUCUGCCUGGUGUUUGUACACCCUAAAAUGAGCCAACUCUAACGUUAAAUACGCACGCUGAGGAGACUGCAGCUGUCCUACCGUUUCCUUGCAUACAGACUUUCUCUUGUACGCAAAGGGAAUUCCAUCUUCCGUUUCUGCUUUGGCCUUGUGGAAAAAAAGGAAACUCAACCUUACAGAUUGUAGAAUUGAUAUUUCAUAAGGGUUUUUGUAAACAACAGUUUGCCAUUUUUUUUUUUGUAAAGGGGUGGGAGGGUAACUAGCACUUUUGUGGAUUUAGAAGGGAGUAUGCGAGACCCGUGGAUUGACAUUCUAGCUAUGAUUCUGAACGGGGUUCUGCUCACUUCAUCUUCAUUGCUCUGAGCCUUACUGUUUUCAUUGU